UCGGUCUCUUCGCUCCUGCCUUUCGCCGCCGCCCAGGGCCGCAGGUCCCCAUGACGCGUGUCGCUGAGCCCGGGAUCCUUCUGUGCGUGGCGCUCCUGCUCCUGCUGCCAGGCCGGACUUGGGCCAGGCGGGCCGACACUCACGCUCUUUGCUAUGACUUCACCCUCAUUCCCAGUCCCAGACCUGGACAAGGGUGGUGUGAAGUUCAAGGCCAGGUGGAUUGGAAGGUUUUCCUUUCCUAUGACUGUGGCAGCAAGGUCAAACCCAUCAGUCCCCUGGGGAAGAAGGUGAAUGGCACACGUGCCUGGGAAGAUCAGGUGAUUAUGCUGAGAGACGCUGGGGAGAUAUUCAAGGAGCGACUGCCUGACAUUAAACUGGAGGAUGAUGGGAACAGAGGGUCUCUCCCCCUGCAGGCCAGGAUGUCUUGUAAGUGUGAUGCCAGCGGACACACCACUGGGGCCUGGCAGUUCAGCUUUGAUGGACAGACGUUCCUCCUCUUUGACCCGGAGAAAAGAAUGUGGACAGCGGUUCACCACACUGCCGGAGGGAUGAAAGAGCAGUGGGAGAACGACAGGGAGAUGGCCAUGUUCUUAGAGAAGGUCUCACUGGGAGACGGCGGGAGCUGGCUGGAGGAGUUUUUGAAGUGCUGGGAGGAGGUGCUGGAGCCGACAGCACCACCAACCACGGCCCCAGACACAGCCCACGCCCAUGCCACAGCCAACGGGGCUAGACCCUGGAGCUUCCCUGUGAGCCUCACCAUCUCUGUCCUACUUUGUAUCUUCUGGAUCUUUUAGACUGACAGAUUGAAGAUGCCUCAAGAGCUCCUAAAAGUGUGAUCAAGUGGAUCAACUCUUCCUAUUGGUUUGCUGCUGGACCAGCACGUGCUAUUUUUCUCUAGACCACCAGCACCUCAGACUUGGCAUAUCCAGAGGCCUCCUGCCAGCCCCAAGAGUACUGUAGAUCUAAUACCUCACGCACUUUAUGACCUGUGGAUUAAUCUAGUCAGCACUUUCUUCCUAACAUGUCAUGCCAUUUUCUCUUGGUGCUCACUCAUGGAAUUCCUGCACUGAUAUAUUUUUUAAAAAGUUUAUAUUUAUUCCAUCAGGAAAUAAGUCAAACAUGAACUAGAGAAAGAUAGAGACAGAGAUACAGCACCUCUUAUAGGGCCUCGACACAGCAGUCCACCCCCAGUGUCAGCCAGCCUGGACCAUGUGUGCACACGUGCCCAGCAUACUCAGGGAGGUCCUGGACAUGGACGGACAACGCGAAUCUGCCUUGCAGAAUGUUGCAUUUUACUUCACCACACUCCUGCUCAAGGACCUAAACUUUUAAUGACUUGAAUGAGACAUCUCAACAAUGAAACAAAUUUCUGCUUUGGUUGUAGAUAAUCAGCUAUUUCUCUGGACCAUGACCAUGACUAAUGAUACUGCUUGUAAAUAUAUUAACCUUGGGACCAGCAGUUAGCAUAAUGGCUAUGUUGCUGAACUCCUACAUAGUCGACUGUGA